UUUUUUGUUUUUAAUAUUCAACCGUGCAAUGCACGGGGCAAAGUACUAGUCCCAAUAAAAGAAAGAUCCAACGUUUGAAAUGGCGGUUCUUUAAAUUUGAAAGCACAAAUCUUACAAAUAGAGUUGCCGAUCUUCUGUUUCAUGUAACAAUCACGAAACCCCUCUUCUAAUUUCACGAUGUUAGGAUUUCUUCUGAAUUCAAUUUCCAAUUGGUGUUUUUGUUUUUGGCAGGAGAAAUUGAUCGACGGAGAAAAUCAACAACUCCAAAGUUUAAUUCAGUUUUUCAUUAAUGGGGAACGCAACCGGUUCAUUUUUCGCUGGAUUAGGUCAAGUUCUCGGCAACAUUCUCGGUCACCCCCUCGAUUUCCUCUCCGGAAAAUCCUGCGACUCCGUCUGUGCUUCGACUUGGGAUUUCAUCUGUUUCGUCGAAAACUUCUGCGUUUCGCAUUUGCUCAAGUUCGCCUUUGUGGCGACAUUGCUCUACUUUGUGCUCUUAUUCGUCUACCUAAUAUUCCAACUGGGAAUCUGCCAAUGCAUUUUUCGAUCCCUCUGUCGAAUCACAUGGGCUUGUUUCGCCACUUGUUUCUCCGCAUUCGAAUUCUCUUGCACCUACUUAUGCUUCAAGCUUCGAUCGGUCAAGAGAAAACGAAGAACGAGGAAAAGGGACAUUGAAGAAUUCAGUACAAGCGAAGACGAGUACGAGUUAGGCGAAACUUCUAGAUUAAGACAACCUAGUACGAAUCUUGAACGUAGGAGGAGAUCACGGUUUGAUAAACGGAAAAACUUCAAAAACGAGCGUCUAAGGAGGUCGUUGAAACCUACUACACAUCAAGCAAGUGUGGGGCCCGCUAGGAAUUCCGUUUAUUUAAAUAGAAGAAAGAUUUUGAACCAUAUUGGUGAUUCUACAAGCCCGCUUCAUCAUCAUAUUCGGGUGAGUAGGAGUAGGAGUUCGAAGUUCUUGAAUAAAGGAUCGAGGCGCAGAAAAAGCGGGGUUCGUCGUAGGAAGAAACAAGUUUAAUUAUAAUUUUAUUGUAAUCAAAAUUACAGUUUUUGAUUGUAUUGAGUAAAGAAAUACUAAUUAUAUAGUAGUUUUAAAUUUGAUUG